CCCGCUCUCCCGGACUCACCGGAGUGGUUUUCUCGGCUGCAGGAGCAUUCAGCCAGCGACCAAGAUGUCCUCAGUGGGCAAGGUAACCAAAGUUCCCACCGGGAAAUUCUACCAGCAGAUCUUCAAGGCUGAGAUGCAGCUAAUCCAUACCCUGGCGGCCUCCAGGAAGCAGGCUCUGGAGCGUUCCCAGGCUCUGGUGAAGAGUGGCAGGAAACCCUUCAUGAAAAAGACGGAUAUUCCUGAGGGGGAGAUUAUGUCUCAUCGGCAGCGGAAGUGGGUGCACAGUCUACCCAAUGACUGGAUCACAGAAAACCCUGUUCUCUACAGGGAAAAGGAAAUGAUCAAGAUGGAAAAAGCUCAAGAGAGCGAGAACACCAUCGCUGCCCGAGAAGUGCGGGGCCUCAUGGACACCAUAGUUCCUGAGAGAACCAGCAACCUCACCUCUCAAGUGGAAAGAGACAGCAAGAGGAAGGGCUACGAGAGUGCUCUGGGGAACUUUAAGGAGGAGCUUGCUCAGGUUGGCAUGGAAAUGGAACCACUCAUCUUGGAGUCAGGAGCACUUCUUUUAAAAAAACUGACUGAGUCUGUUGAAGACAUCAACCUUCUCUUCAAAGAGGUGGAGGAUGGCAACUUUGAAAGCUACACUAUCCAACACCUGAUGGAGCUGUGGGACCAAGUGACUGAGAAGUACCUGUCUCAGAAGCAGGAGGUUAAGGAGCUGGAUGAGACACUGCACUCGCUUGAAUUCUCCCGGGCAGACAAACUAAAAGCGGUGUUGAAAAAAUAUGUGGGAAUCAUAGAGAAAACUUCCUAUCUCAUGCAGCCAGACGUGUAUAGGCUGAUAAAUAAAGAAGCCAUGAUCAUCAACCACGCUCUGCUGGGCAACCGGAGGGCCCUCGCCCAACUGUUUGUCAACCUGAUGGAGGCCACGCUGCAGCAGGAGCUCGAGAGCCGCCGCCGCUGGCAGGACCUGCUCGAAGCAUGGAAAACUCUCAAGAAGGAGUCUGUGGUGAAGAGUUUCUGUGAGUUCAUGGCCAAUGAGAGGACCCAGACGCCUCCAUCUGUGAAGAAGCAGCUGGACAUCAUGCUGAAGAACCAGGGAGUCCUGCAGAAGAAGCGACUGGAUCAUCUCUGCACCAUCUGUGACCUUCUGCCUCCCAAUUACAGUGAAGCUCAGCUGACUGAAUGGUUUUCUUCUCUCAAAUCCCUGAAUAAAAACAUUGACGACUACCACAUGAGCUGCAUGAUGCAGAUCCACUUGCUGUACGAGGACACCUGGCAGGAAUGCCUGGCCCAGGUGCAGAAGAGCAAGAAGCAGCUGCUGGACUGGAAAGCCUUCACGGAGGAGGAGGCAGAGAGCCUGGUGAACCCAUCCUUCUUCCAGAUGGUGGGGGUGCUCCAGAGCAAGGUGGAAGAGGAGCUGGAGUGCUUGGAUAAAUCCUUUGAGGCCCUGGCAAAGAGAACAGAGUGGCAGAGCUUAGACCUCUUCAGCUACUUCCAGGAGGCCGUGCAGCUGUGGGAGGCGCAUCAGAGUGACCUGUCUGUGCAGGAGGUGGAGCUUGAGAAGAGGACGGAGCACCAGCAGCAGAAAUGCAGCCUGGAGGACAAGGCCGAGGAGGCCCAGCUUGACCAGCUUGUAGACCAACUGCGGCAGCAAAGCCUUGAGGAAAUGCUGAAGAUUCACCUGGAAAGGGCCAAAGAUUUUCUAAAGACUAUGAGGAGCAGGCACGAGAGAUCUCAUGCCCUCCUGACAAAGGAAGUCACGGAGUACCCCAUGAUCAUCCUGAAGGCGCUCAACUCCUACAGCUCCUCCCUCAGCAGACACUUCCAUGUUCGUGAAAUCUUUGAACAGAACCUGGAUGGGGAAGUCAUUUUCAAAACCAGGGAACCAGAAGCACAUGAAAAGCAUUCCCAGGAGAUAAUGAGAAAACAGAAGAGAAGAAGGUGGUCAAAAGCAGAAGAGAGAAAAAUAAAAAUAACCGUAACAAGAGGAACAAGCUCUUCAAGUUCAGCAGAAGAAAUAGGAAAAGAUCAAGAAGCUGAGUCCUCCAUAGCUGAAGAGAUAGAAUUGAACCAGCAGGAAGUCUUCAUCCUGGGCGACGAGAUAGAUGAUUUCCUAGAGAAUGAUAUGCAGGGAUCUGAAGAAAUGCAAGUUGAAAAAGGAAGUUCCUUCGAACCAUCUCUGAGCCAGGAAAAUGUGAUGGAUCCAGAAAAGGAGGAGGUGGAGGAGAUGAAGGAGAAGGUGAAAGAGGAAAAUGAGAAGGAACAGGAAGAAAAGGAAGCGGUGAAGAGCAAAGAGGAGGAAGGAGAGGAGAAGGGAGACCAUGAGAGUUUAUUUACGGACAAGGCUGUAGCUGAGGAAGAGAGUGAAGAAGAGCUCUCCCAGGAGUUUAUGGAGUCCUUUACAACCUCCAGUGGGAACACUUAUUUUGUCUUCCUGCCCCUGGAACAAGAAGAGGAGAGUUGCAAGAAAUCCCAUUCCAGCCUUUUUGCUGUUCUCAUCAACAACAUGCCCAGCGCCAAGUUCCUAGAACAAGUGAUCAUUCCAUCCAAACUCAUUUUAGAAAUUAAGAAACAACUUAGAGCUGGUUUUUUUGAGCACCUAGAGAAGUGGUUUGACCAGCGUUCCCUUCACACCCGGGUCAUCGUGUCCACCAAGAUAAACCAGCUGGAGUCAGAACUGGAGCUGUAUCUGCACCUGCACCAGCCAAGAGCCCAAAACAUUGAAAAGGACAUCCACAACGUCAGGGCAGCCGAACUCUUGCUUCACCAAGAGCGGCUGGACAGCCACUGUGCUGGGGUGGUUGAGACACUGAAGAAGGAGAAGAUGAUGUUUCACCAGUUCCAAGAAGAGCAAAACAUGAGGAGCAAAAACUUCCGCCGCAAGAUUUAUGACAUGGAACACAUCUUCUUGAAUGCCACCAAGAGCCAGAGGCUGACCACUCUCAGCAUCACGCUGCACCGGGAGCUGCUUAGCUACGUCGACGUCAUCCAGGUGUCCCUGCGCAGCUUCCGACAGUACCUGGAGGAGAGCCUGGGCAAGCUCCGCUACUCCAACAUUGAUUUCAUCAAGCAGUGCAGAUUGUUUUCAGAGGGAGGCAACUUUUCUUCCGAAGAAAUUGCUUCACUGUGUCGUCGACUAGAGAAAGAAACUUCCCGGAUAGAGUUUGUGGAAAAUGUAAUCAUGAUCAACAUGGAGAAGAUGGAGAAUGAGUACCUGGAUCAGGCCAAUGAUGUCAUCAACAAGUUUGAAAGUAAAUUCCAUAAUCUGUCUGUGGACCUUAUUUUCAUAGAGAAAAUCCAGCGGUUGCUGACAAACCUGCAAGUGAAAAUCAAGUGUGAGGUGGCAAAAUCCAAUUUGCAAGCCAAUGGAUUAAAUUCUUCUCUGAAGCAGCUUCAAAGCAAGGUAGAAAUGUGUCGAAAUUCACGGGGAGAUAAAAAAAUGGUAAGCUCAGAAGACCUCCUUAACUUUGUCCAAAUGUGGAAAGAAAAACUGAACCAGAGGAUUCAGUACCUUGACUGCAUGCUGGACAUGGUCACUCAAGUGGUCUUGACUGAAAACAUCCUGGACAACCUGGAGGUUGAGAGUGAUGUUCUGGCAUCUUCAGAAGUACUUGAAGAAGAAUCCAAGGUAGAUCAGAUCAUCCCUGAGUCCUUUGCCCAGCCAAGCCGCAUGGGGAAGUCCAUGAUUGAAGACCCAGCUCUGGAGGUUCUUAAGAAAAUUCUGCAACCUCCCAUCUCAAAAGGCUCUACCCAACAGCAUGAGAAAGAUCGGUCCCAGACAGGCUUGAAGCGACAUCGGAACCGGGGAGAACACUGCCUGAAGGUUAUGUCCAGUGCCAGUGCCACCUCGCUAGGGAGCUUCACUAGGCACACCAAGCCCAACCGAAUAGACAGAAAGUACCAGGUGCUCGGGGAGAAGCCACCUCCUCCUUCUGAGAAUUUUAAAGGGAUCAUCCUGAGUCUCCUGUGGGAGAGCAACGAGCAUCUGCUGUUGGUCGCAGAGGACUUCUACCGCAAAGAGAAGCGCUCUGUCACCAGGCCCGAAUGCAUGUACGAAACCUUUGACCAGUGUGCAGAAAACAUUGGCAAGAAGACCUUGGAAUACCUUAGUGAGACAGCUGAGUACCACAACUCCUGCCUUAUAGAAUUACGGGCCCAGAUGAGGAGAUUUGAGGAACUGCUACCCCAGGUGUGUUGGCUGGUGAUGGAGAAUUUCAAGGAGCACCACUGGAACAAAUUUUGUACCUCUACCCAAGAGAUCAGGGAAGAGUUCUCGGAGUAUCAGAAACAGGUGGAAAAAAGUAAGGAUGAAAAUGCCCAGAAACUUCACCCAAAUCUUGGACACCCCACACAUUACCAAGCAAUGGCGUCUCUGUGUCAAAUGGAAGAGAAAAGACAGGAAGAUUUGGACGAGAUGAUUGCGGCAACCAGGGAGAAGCUGGAGGAAAUGACCAAGAAGAACGGCCGGUUUUUCAUAACCAGCUUGGCCACCUUCACUGAGAAGUUCCUGGUGCAGUUGGAUGAAGUGGUCACCAUUGAUGACAUUCAGGUUGCCAAGAUGGAGCCCCCCAAACAGAAAACAUCAAUCCUCAUACGGAGGAAACUCGCCGGACACUCCCUAAAGGAAGAGAGUGAGAAGCCCCUAAUUGAACGUGGGAGCAGGAAGUGGCCAGGAAUCAAACCGACCGAACUCACCAUCCAAACCAAGAUUCUCCUCCGGAAAACAUCAUCUAUCACCACCAACAAAACGACCCUGGGCCACCUGGCAGCUGUGGAAGCCCGAGAUACUGUCUACCUGAAAUAUUUAGCAUUAUUUGAGGAGGAGUUGAAGAAGAUCCAGGAUGAGAACACAGCACAGGUGAAGGAAGCUCAGUGCUGGAAGGACAGCUGGAAGCACUCUGUGCACAUCAUCAAAGGCCUGUACUUGUGACUCCCUCAACCCACACAAAUAAAGGUUCACUGUAUAUGGACUCCCUC